AUGCGUCACCUUAUUCCAUUACUACUGCUUGUCUACUCGACUGAAGCGUUUUACGGCAGGUUUCGUCGAGACGCUGCACCCAUGGCUCGUAGCCUUCGCACCGAAGCACGAGAUAUACGAAGACGGCCGCCAGCAAUUCUUCGAGCCAUAGGUCCGUUAGCCGUUGGGAAACGAGAUGGCGACGAUGCAAAGAUGGUUGUGCCUGGAUUGGGCACAUUUGGAAUUGGUGAUGUGAAAAGUACUAUUGCUAAAUUUACACCAGCUGGAACGAAUGAAGAAAUACCAAAUGGAGGCACGUUCAGCAUAGCAGAUAAACCAAAUCUUGGCUAUAUGGACCGAGAAACAACGGCCGGAAGAACAAGCGGAUCUACGAGCAAGAUGUCUCUCGGUGGAAUCGGUACCUUAGAAGUUGGACAAGAGAAAGAACAAGGAACUGGACUCCUGGACUUCUCAAAAGCACUGUUCCCCUUCCUACAGCUACCUCCUCUCAAAACCGACGAUACACGGGAAAAUGUGCACACUGCGGUGGAUCCAAAACUCGUUGAUUUGUACUACCCGAAACCAAAGUCAUAUGUCGAAGAGACGGAAAAAUUGCUGAAAUCGAACCCACCAGCUCCGAAGACACCAUUUAACGAGAUCACUGAAACAAAAACCGAAGAAAAUGUGGACGCUGACAAUCCUUUCGAUAAAAUCAAAUCACGUCCAGGAUAUCCAGGUCGGGCGCGUGUGCAUGCGGUUAAAACAGCUACUGAGGAUGAAGAUCUUCUGCCAGGACAUGAGUCUUUUACCUCCAAUGAAGCUACGGAAGAGGGUUUCAUAAAACAGAAGGCAAACGAAAAGCUUGUGGAUACUGGCGUAAGAGAAGAUGCGGCUGGUGCAUUGCAGACCGUUGCAGCGGAAACAGGCCGUGUACCAAUCUCCCAGAUUGGAAUCUCAAAGAAGGAAAUCUAUGCGUUGUGUGCUAAGUUCGCACCAGUAGCGGCAAAGCAUUGCUACGUAUCGAAAGUCGAUCCACAAUUUCUGGACAAAUGUCGCGGCUACAAUGCGGAUUGUGCUGAGUUUCAAGCUAAGGAACGUCCACUUGGAGCAAUAGCGAACUCAUUUUCAUCCGGAGUUGGGCUCACAUAUUACAACUGGGACGUGAAUGGAAUACCGUACUAUCCAAUUAACGAAGAAGGUUCAGUAGGGAAUGGUCAUCACGGGAAGGUGGAUUUUGGUACGUGGGGAGGUGGUUACUCCGAUAACGUUGGUGUUCGGGACUUUUGGUCACAGACUGGGGAGUAUGGAGCGAAUUGGUACGAGGGAACUUAUGGUUAUAAAACCGGAUGGAGCAUUCCAAUCGUUCAAAGCGCUGGCGUUGAAGGUGGAGGUGGGACCCAGGUAGUCGUUCCCUUGAAAGAAGGUGAAAUUGGCCGUCCCAUCCAGGCUACCAACGGUUAUCACGUGGGACCUUAUUUUGGAGUUGCGGAUCGUGUGGGUGUCGAUUGGUACAAUGGAGGUGUUUCAUGGAAUAGGGGAGUGGCAAGCCCAUUCGUCGGGGUUGGUGUGAAUUCCGGCACAUCGAUCGGAUUCCCGUCAAUCGGCACGAUUAUGAACAGAAUUGGCGUCACGAACAUGGAUCAACUGGCAAAAAUUGUCGCCGCCGGAGUGCAAAGUCAGCAAACGACGGCGAUCGGAGGUUGA